AUGGUCAAGUUAACUCAAAUAGACGACGAAACUCAACAACAAUUUGAACAACAACAAGUUGCCAAAGAACAUAUUAUUGAAGAAUCCGAACAAGAAGAAGAUGAAGAAUCUGAUUCAGAUCUUGAAGAUGAUGAAUUUGAUUUUGAAAAUGAAACUUUAUUAGAUAGAUUAGUUGCAUUAAAAGAUAUUGUUCCACCAGAACAAAGAGAAUGUAUUUCUAAAUUAUCAUCAAAUGUUUCAGAUUUAUUUAAAUCUGGAUUUAAUAAUGGUGGUAAAUUAUUAUGGAGUUUAACUUCAACUACUUUAUUAUUAGGUGUUCCUUUAGCUUUAGCAAUUUUAUCAGAAACUCAAUUACAAGAAAUGGAAAGAGGUAUGGCUUUGGAAAAAUCUGCUCAAGAUGUUUUAGCUCCUGGUUCUGAAGCUGCUUUUGGUGGUGAAAAUAAACAAUAA